AUGUGCAGAACCCUCGGGGACAAGAGCCUGGGGAUGACACAUAGGCCUGGAAGCCUUGGUCGGCCACUGGUGACUGAGGGACAGGGAGUGAGAGAGAUCAUGUGUCCUCCCGAGGGCCUCUUGGAGAUUCACGCGGGCAGGCUGGGGGCCGACCCCUCCUGCAGCCCUGGGGAGGCACGCAGCUUCUCCACCACCUCCAUAGAGGUUUGCAGGCUCUACUUAUCUCCUGCAGCACCCAGGGACCAUCAGAUGAGUGCACUCACUGAGCGUAAGGUGGGCUUGCUUCUGAGUCAGGUGUGA